AUCUAAAAAUAUGUAAAGAGAUGGAAAUAGAAUUUCCCAGAAUAUAAACAUGGUUAAUGGGCUGGGCUAUGGGCCCAAUUGGAAAGUUAAUAGCGUGACAAGGACGUAAUGUAAAAGGCGGGAAGGUUGAAACGUUAUAGAAUUUGGAACCUUAGGCACAGCGCAUUUUUAGGGAACGUUCCCACGCAAUACAAAAGCCUAUUCUAUAACUGCCUCCACACGCGUUUUUGCCAAUAAUAUUCUGAAAAUUUGAUUUUAAAGGAAUCGCACGAAAGAAGAAGAUUGUGGUGAAGGAUGCCCGAGAUGGAUGAGCGCGUGGUUAUACAGCAACCUCUUUCGGCCAUAGCAGAGACGUUUGAGGAACUUUCCAAGAGGAACAACGCCAACGAGAUUCGCUUGGACACUUUCUGCCAGGCUGCGUCUCUCGUCUCCGUUCUCUUCCGUUCUCUCGGUCUCGCUUUCAAAUUCGCUGAAUUGGGAUACGUCGCCAAGCUACAUGGACUAUUGGAAGCAUCAAAGACAUGUUCCACUCUACCGGAUAUUCUUAACCUUGAUGUCGCCAGUGACACAGUGAAAACAUCCGGAAGUUUUUCACGUAAUCUGCGUAGAGUUCGGCAGGGUCUUGAUCUUGUCAGAGCUAUAUUCGAACAACUUUUGUCAACUGAUGAUAGUUCUCUAAAAGAAGUGGCUUCAACAGCUUACGGACAGGUUUGUGCCCCAUAUCACACAUGGGCAGUAAGAACAGCUGUAUAUGCUGGGAUGUAUACACUUCCAACGAGAGAUCAACUUUUGAUGAAGCUCAAUGAAACAGAGCAAUCAGCUGACAAGAAGAUGAGAAGGUACAUUGCUGCCUCGCUUCCAAUCAUAGAAUACAUUGAUAAACUGUACCUUGCUCGAAAUAUUACGUUGGACUGGUGAAUUUAUAAAAAGGAAAACGAGAAAAUCUAAGAAGUUGAAUGUCUUUUCUGUUUGUUAGAAGGCAGUACUGUGGCUCCAUUGUAUAUCAGCAACCUUAAUACUCAUGCUUCGAUUUUUGUACUAUAUAUAAGAUGUAAUUAUGUUAGGGAGAUGCACAAAACAACCGAAUAGGUUUGUACUAAAUUUCUAACGAAAUGCAUGUAAAAUUUUCAGUUCCAUUGGUUUAUAAUUUUGUAUUCCUGUAUAUACAUGUACAUAAUUUGUUUUGAAUGACAGAAAUCGUGAUAUUUGAUUUUCUGAGUA